GACACCAACACUCUAUAGACAAGGGGGAAAAGUGCGAAAAUAGUACAGAUAUAAAGAGGGAAGGGCACGGCCAGAAAAGAGGGGGGCAGGAGACAUAUGGAGGAGAGGGGGCGAGGGGAAGAGCCAGGACUAGAAGACUUCUCAAGAGAGAUCGGAUCAUAAAACAUGAUGGAGAUGCCAAGAAAGACGGAGAAAGUUUAAGACAAGACUGGUCCUCGUGCACGCUUUAUGUGACUGAAAAUUUCUGUUUUCCAAAAAGGCAGAAACCUAACCAAGGCAGCGCGUGAAGAUAAACAAAAGACCAUGGAAUGUGAACGUAAAUAAGGGGAACCAAUGGAAGGUACAAUGCUAUAGUAGGUGGGACCUAAGGUGGAAUGGAAGAGAUGACUGAGAACGCUGUGUAUAAAGUAAAAUAAGAAGAUAUAAUAUAACUAUGAACAUGAUACAUUAACUGAAGUGAAGAUCCAACCAACAAUGAGACCAUCAAUCUGCCUGUCUGUUGCCGUUAUAUUCUUUUUGGGAAUCAUUCCUUCUUGUUUGAUGAGGGCAAAGAGACCCCAAAGAUGGAAGUGUCCAACAUCUUGUAACUGUACUAUUGAUAAUGUCCUGUGUGAUGGGUCCAGCUACAUUCCCAGCAACUAUUCCUUGGAUAUAAUCUCCUGCUCGUUCCUCAGAUGUGGCUUCCAUAUUAUCCCCUCCGACAGCUUCGCCCAGUCCCAGACGUUGCAAAUCCUGCUCUUCACAUCUUGUUCCUUUGAUGACAUUUCUGACAAUGCCUUUCUGAAGCUGAAACACUUGGAAUACUUGUUCAUUGAAAACAACAAUAUAAAGAAGAUUUCUGGAAACGCGUUAAGAGGCCUGAGGUCGCUGAUACACCUGAGUCUGGCAAAUAAUCACUUGGAAUCUCUUCCCAGCGGAUUGUUUCGGACACUCACAGCCAUCAAACACAUAGACCUGCGAGGGAAUCCUUUACACUGUGACUGUCAGAUAAAGUGGCUGGUGCAGUGGGUCCAUGGAGCGGGGAAGAACGUGGCGUUGUGGCCUCCGUUACCUUGUGAGGAACCAGCAAAGUUCAAGGGCAAAGGCUUACACGAGCUCGCCGACACGGACUUCUACUGUGUGAGCAGCAGCAUUGUACAGAGAUGGAUGUUUAAGCUUCCAUCCUUGUCCGUCAAGGCCUUUGAGUACAACUCGGAGCAGUACGUGGUGAUCACGCACCCGUUCGAGGGCAGAUGCACCUUCUUGGAGUGGGACCAUGUGGCGUAUGAAUUCAGAUACUACGACAGCAUCAAAGGUAUCUCUGUGGUCUCCUGCCUGCCGCUGGUAAUUGGUAAGCAGCUCUUCGUUGUGGUGGCUCAGCUGUAUGGUGGCACCUCAGUCUACCGCCGGGACCCCUUACCAGGGAGCCCAUCUGCCUUCCAUCGCUUCCAGCACUUUUCAGAUAUCCGAAAACCCAACGACAUAGAAAGCUUCACCUCAGCAGAAGGCGAGCACUACUUCAUCAUAGCCGAUAGUGCCAAGUCUGGAGCCAGCACCUUGUAUCGGUGGGAUGGCCGUGGGUUCUACCCUCAACAGCAGCUACCGCGGUGGUACCGUGACACCGAUGCUGAACCUCUUAUUCUCUCAGGUUCUCCACACCUCAUCAUGAGCAGUGGUUCCCAGAGGCCUCUUGUGUAUCGAUUCGAGAACAAGCAUCUACAACGCCUGACCGAUAUUCCAGAAGCUUGGGAUGUCUAUGCAGUCAAGCACUUCACUGAUGCAGAGGAUGGCAUCUUCGCCUGUUUGGUUCGGUAUAUGGGUGACUCGUCCCUCGUCCGCUGGGAUGGCUCCAUGUUUCGACAACUCCAGCAGUUACCCUCCAGAGGAUCUCAUGUCUUUCAGCCUCUGUUGCUUGGCCAAAGAUGGCAUGCACUUCUAGGAAAUGACUUUGGCUAUACAUGGGUCUACCAGCUGGAGAAAUGGAAACAUUGGGAGAUUGAAGAGUCCAAUGACAAGGAGGGGCCGAUAGGACCUUUGGUGCCAUUGCAGGAGCUCAAAGUCCUCGAGGCUCGAGCCUUCACCUCUCUCCGGGUGCGGGGACGGCAGUUCAUAUUUGUGGCCAGUUUUGGAGGGGACACGGUUGUGUUUGAGUAUGUGGAGAAAAAGUGAAGGAUGCAAAGGAACUGGAGAUGCUCCUCUAGGGCUAGACCAAAGAACUGAAACAAUGAAUGGUGGGGAAAAAAAAACUAUUU